GGGGAGCGCUCGAAGUGUGUAUCUCGGCCUCACCUGAACCUGUAUGUUCCUUCUAGCAGGGUGGACGCUGAGUUGGGAGAUUAACGAUUGCUCGGCUCGUCAUGGCCUACCCGGGAUACGGACGAGGGUUUGGAAAUUUUCAUGUUCAGAUGCCAGGAAUACAGAUUCAAAUGGGACAGCCAGUGCCAGAAACAGGUCCACAGGUGCUCCUGGGUGGAUACCCUGGAUACCCGGCAUAUUCAGAUAGUUAUCCCUCAGCUAGUGACCCCAUGUGGACUUACUUCUCUGCUGUUGCUGGACAGGAUGGUGAAGUGGAUGCUGAAGAACUUCAGAGAUGUUUGACCCAGUCUGGAAUUAGUGGAACUUAUUCUCCUUUCAGUUUGGAAACCUGCAGACUUAUGAUUGCCAUGUUGGAUAGGGAUUACACAGGAAAAAUGGGAUUUAAUGAAUUCAAAGAACUUUGGGCAGCUCUUAAUGCCUGGAAGCAAAACUUCAUGGCUGUUGAUCAAGACCAUAAUGGCACGGUUGAGCCUCAUGAAUUGAGUCAAGCCAUUGCAGCUAUGGGUUAUAGAUUAAGUCCCCAAGCAUUGACUACCAUUGUUAAACGUUACAGCAAGAACGGCAGAAUUUUCUUUGAUGAUUAUGUUGCUUGCUGUGUGAAGCUUCGAGCAUUGACAGAUUUCUUUAGGGGAAGAGACCCCUUGCAACAAGGGUUUGUGAAUUUCCUAUAUGACGAUUUUUUGCAGGGCACUAUGGCAAUUUGAAUGUGUGGAAUUUGAAAGCUAAGGAAAUACUGUGAAUUCUUCUGUGUGGAAGAACUGAACUAGACUACUUUGAAUUAAAGCUUUUGGUCUUUUCCAUGUUUCUUCGUGUUAAAUCUCUUCUCUCUCUGUGUGUUUUUACCUUAGUGCACAGUUCAAGCAAUAAAAAAGAUGUCUUUGUAUUUGGGAUAUUGUUGCUUUUGGAAAAGUAUCACUUUACGUAUAUCUGCAUAAUGUCAUCAAAUAUUGCUCUGUAAUUAAUUGAUGUAAAUACUUCUUAGCUUUAACUUUUAACAGUAUAAGCUUAGGGGAAUGUACUUAGAAGAUAGAUUGUGUAAGAAGCUAAGCGAUGAAAGCCUGGAUAAAACUAAUUUAUACUUAUCUGAAGUGUACAUGUUAUACUUCCAAAUUUUGUUUAUAGUUGUUGGUGUUUAGGGGCCAGCUAGAAGGGGAAACCUGCAUUUUAUGCCAUGUUUGUACAAGGGUUUGUUCCUUCAUCACAUAACCAAAGAAUAGAACUGCAUGGGUUUUUGCUUUGUGAAGAAGAAAAUCGUAUUUCCUAAAAAUUUAUACUAAUUAGCCUUAGGUGAACCAUAAAUUAAUCUAUAGUGGAAUAAGACUGCAGGAGGCAUUGUUUUUCCCUUUUUAUUUUUUGCAGCAUACAUUUUUCUUCAAUACAUUUGUUGUCUUCUGUGACAAAAAAAGUUCUUGAAUAAUUAACGCAGAGUUUUUCAAUAUAGAUAACCUAAAAUGGCAUCUUUCUCUAAAUAUACAUUUUCUGGAAAGCAUAUUUUUAAUGAAACGUCAAGAUUUAAAUUUGUUCUGUUAAAUUGUUGUUUAUAUGUCAUAAUGCCAACUGUUUACAAAGUGAAGUAAUCCAUCUACCACUUUGUUUAAAUGGUCAAAAAUAAUAAGUUUGACUUAUAUGAAGACAGUAGCCGGUGGUUUUUGGUGAUUGGUAAAUCAAUAAGUAUUUUGAGUGCAUUUGUGUAAGGUGGGGUACUGAGCGUGGUAGGCAUUGUUGUUGUUAGUUGUCAUCGGUUGAUUCCAGCUCAUGGCGACCCUACGUGUGCAGAGUAGAACUGCUCCAUAGCAGAUUGCCAGGCCUGUCUUCCAGGGUGCCUCUGGAUGGGUUCAAACAGACAACCUUGCAGCUAGUAGUCAGGCACUUAACCAUUGUGCCAUUCAGGGACUCCAUGGUAGGCAUUGCAGCAACAUUACUGAAUGCUAUUACUAAGUACUCUGGGAAGUAGAGUUCAGAUACUCUCUUAAUUAAUUCAGUUGCUUUCUUGGCAAACAUUGUCUUUCUUAAUGAAAUAUUAGUAAGCCACAUAUUUUACUUAUGCUUUAACUGAAUAUCUUCUAACCUAAAGGUGAAUACAAAUUGAAAUGAUAUUAGUAUGGCUGUUGGUCAAAUUAAUAUAUAGCUUUUAUAGAACUGUUUCAUAAAGGAUGGAGGAUGGAUGGCAGGAUAUUGAGGGGGGACUUUCAUAAUACUUACAGAAUUUUAAGCCAACUUUGACUUUUAUAAAUCCUGCAAAGAAGUAAGGUAUAGCCGUUUUGACAUCGAAAUUUUAUAUAAUUGGCUGUAAAAUUCACUUGGUCAGUUUUAUAAGAAUAUGUGAAUAACUUUUUACUUUGACUCUUAAUUUUUUUUUCAUGAACGUGUAUUUGAUAAUGUGAGAGGACAUUAACUGAGCCAUAAAAAAUGCUGAAUUUUAAUUGGAAAUUUUGUAGGAAAAAGCAGAUGUUAACCACACUGUAUGUCCUUCAUGUUGAUAAAGGGUAAUAAUGUGAUUUUUCAACCUGUAAUUCUAAUAUCCAUGUUAAAGAUAGUGGAGUUACUAUACUGUUCUCAGGUUGAAUAUGAUAUCUUACUUGGAAGCUCAUAGUUGAAGGCACACUUUAAAAAUGACAUAUGAUACUAAUAUGCGUUUCUGCCAAAUGACACUUUGUGUUAGCAUUGUUUACACAAGUCUCUCACUUAUGGUUUUCCAAAGGACGUUCCUACGAACUUUGGUCAUAGGAGGUCUGUGAAGGAGGAGUUUCCAUGGCCAAACAUGUUUGGGAAACUCACUUUCCUCAUGGAGCUUGAUUAUGUACAUCAGCAUACGAAAGCCUAAGGUAAAUAAAAUUAGGUUUAACUUCAUUUGACCCAUUUUUUUCCAAACAUUUUUUGACCACAGAACCCCUUUCUCUAGUAGAACUAAUGUUCCAUGCUGAUCCAUCUUAAUAGGUAACUCUUUUGCACUUCACAUUAAACAGACAAUCUUAUAAAAACAUUAGGCAUAGAGAGUAAUUUUAUCAAUAUUUUUAUACUAAAAUGCAAUUCAUUCUCUUGGUGUAUUUAAAAUAAUGGAAACAAAGACAUCCAUUACUAAAGUAAAAAUUAAAUAGUUUUGUGACAAACAUGACUGGAAUACGAAUAUAGUGUGGUAGCUUGUAUUGGUUAACCCGAGCUCCAGCUUUCUUAUGAUAUUGUAAAGUAUGGAAUAAUGUACACUCUUAAUGUAUAAGCGCUUUUAUUUAUACAGUAAACAAGUUUCCAUGUCGUUUUGAGAAGUCUUUAAUAAACAUUCAAAUAGCUUGCUGUAAAGUUUUGUAUUACACAAAAUCUAUUACAUAGAUAUUAUGAGAUGCUUCAGUUCAAAUAACAGUGCAGUGAUUCACCUAAGUCUAAAAAACUGCCAGAUGAUUAAAUGUCAGGUAUUGCACUUCUGUUUCGAGUGGCAGUUUACACAUUUUAAAUUACAACAAGGAGAAAUCAAUACUAUGGGCAAUCUUAAUUUGGUUCGCUUUAAAUGUCAUUUAAUCUAUUUAAACCUGUAUUCAGCAAAAAAGUAACAAAAAAAUAUAGUCAAUUUAUAUGUUUAUUUUCAGAAAAGGCAUUUACCCUGGAAGAAAGUAGAAUUUAUUAAUGUAUUUUAAAGUCUGCAAUUAAAACAAUAACAAAAUAUCAGUUUGUGAUUAUUUAAGUAAAAUAUAUUAAGUUUACUGUAAUCUGUAUGGUAUUCCUAAACUGAACAAACAUAAUAAAUACUCUUUGUCAGAAA